UUGCACAUGUUAGGUGAGACGCGCAAAAACGAAAACAUUUAAGAUGUCCACAGAGCCUGAAAUAGCGAAGGAUGCUGUGCUCAAGCGUAGCGAACGCCUUUCGGAGGACACGCCACAAGUGCAUGGAUAUGAUUUCAAUUUGGGCGUCAACUAUAGCAAGCUGCUCGAAUCCUAUGUGAGCACCGGCUUCCAGGCCACAAAUUUGGGCCUGGCCAUAAAGGAAAUUAAUAAAAUGUUGGAUUGCAGGGCUCAGCCACUAGACGCUGAGCAGCAGGAUGUCCACGAGACGGACGAGUUCAUCAAACGCAAUACGAAGUGCACUAUAUUUCUGGGCUACACUUCAAACUUGGUAUCAUCGGGCUUACGGGAGACAUUGCGUUUCCUUGCUGAGCAUCGGAUGGUCGACUGUAUUGUGACGACAGCUGGAGGCGUGGAGGAGGAUUUUAUCAAAUGCCUGGCACCCACAUUUAUGGGCUCAUUCGAGUUAAGUGGAAGCCAGUUGCGAGAGCGCGGCAUCAAUCGCAUUGGCAAUCUGCUGGUGCCCAAUGACAACUACUGCAAGUUUGAGGAUUGGCUAAUGCCGCUGCUCGAUGAAAUGCUAGAGGAACAGAAGAGUAAAGGCACGGUCUGGUCACCCUCACGCAUCAUCCACAGGCUGGGCGAGCGAAUUGCAAAUCCGAGCUCUAUCUACUAUUGGGCUGCUAAAAACAAGAUACCCGUGUUUUGUCCAGCGCUAACCGAUGGAAGCCUUGGCGACAUGAUGUACUUUCAUUCGUUCCGUCACCCGGGCCUGGUUGUGGACAUAUUGUCGGAUCUGCGCAGGCUCAACACGAUGGCUGUCAAAGCUGUUAAUAGUGGCAUGAUUAUUGUGGGUGGCGGCAUCAUAAAGCAUCACAUUUGCAACGCUAAUCUUAUGCGUAACGGCGCCGAUUAUUCUGUUUUCAUAAACACAGCUUCUGAGUUUGAUGGCAGUGAUAGUGGCGCACGACCGGACGAAGCGGUAUCCUGGGGCAAGAUACGCAAAGAUGCAACGCCCGUCAAGGUGUAUGCCGAGGCCACUUUGGUGUUUCCCCUUAUCGUGGGCGAGACCUUUGCCAAGCGACACUUUAGCCAGAAAGAGGCCAUGUAAUUGUGUGUAUAUAUAUAAAGUAAAUAUAGUGAAUAUGUUCCAUA